UGCGCACAACGGUUUCGAGAAGGAAAUAAUGAAUGAGUCGGGUUGUUUGAUUACCCCGUAUUUAUAGACUAGUCUCUAGAUCUCUAUCUGAUAUCUAGUUCAGUCAACCAGUGCAACUGUGUCAUACUUACUUACUUAGUACUUAGACUAGAUCUAGACUUCUAGAUUCUAGGUCUAGAUCAAGUCACAGUUUUGUUUCUCUACUCUAAUCCAUUAUUUCAAAAUAAAAGCGUUCCCAACAGAGUGACAGAUAGAGUGACAGACAGCAAAAUCAUUAUAGAACUCUUCACAAUUAAAUGAUCAUGGAGGAAAUGAGAAUUUGUACUUGCUAAUUUGGUACAUGAAUCAAUGGAGAGCCCAGAACCAAUAAGUCAGCAGCAGUCUCUACUGUACAAUAUACACAGUCAGUCUGUUGAAAGUGUACAGGAAUGCAAAACUGAUGAUGUUAGAACCAUUACGCUAAAACCCAAAAUAGACAGCUCAGAGAAAGGAAAAUGUGUAAAUAGUUUAAAUGAAUCCUUUGAAUACAUUGAUUCAGUGAAAGAAGAUCUAUACAACUCCAACAUGGAUGUUGAGAAAGUUGACAAUAAGCAUCCAAUCUAUGGACCCAUUGAGUCCAUCUGUGCUAAAACUCAACCUGUUUUAACCCCAGCAGCUAUUGAAGAUUGCUCUGAUACUGGCUCACAUAUGGCUAAAAUAUCUCAAGGAUUCUCAUUGCUGGAUAAGGGCAUCACUGGCAAUACUCAGGGCAGUGGAGGCAUUGAUGGCAAUUUAAAAUCCCAAGACCCUGAAACUAUGGCAGAAAAUAAGGAGAAUCAUCAGUUUCAUCCAGGCUCAUUAAUUAAUCAUCUUGUUGAAGGACCUCGGAUUACCUUGCCGCCAUCACAGCUGCCCUUAGAGGUGACUCCAGUGGGAAAUAAUAUUAAUGUGGAUCGUUCAAAUAAUUCCCAGCAAGAUGACAAGAAAGCUAGUUCCCCAUCUAGUUCUAAAGAAAAAACCUUGACAAACAGUGUGAUAGAGCAGUCGUCCUCAUCAGUUGACACGUCUGAUCCUACACACUCUGUAGCUAAGCCCAAAGCUAAGAAAACACCAAAUGACUUUAUAUUUGGAAAAGUUAUUGGAGAAGGCUCUUACUCAACUGUGUAUCUUGCUAAAGAAGUUAGUACUCAAAGAGAAUAUGCAAUAAAAGUAUGUGAUAAAAAACACUUGAUAAGAGAAAGGAAAACUCAUUUUGUGAUGCGGGAAAAGGAAAUACUAAUGAAGCUUGAACACCCUUUCUUUAUCAAGCUGGCCUACACGUUUCAGGACUCUGAAAGACUCUACUAUGUUUUAACAUAUGCUCGCAAUGGUGAACUUCUGAUGUACCUCCACAAGCUUUCAGUCUUUGAUGUACCCUGUACUAAGUUUUACUCAGCAGAAAUUGUUCUUGCUUUAGAAUAUUUGCAAAGUCUAGGAAUUAUUCACAGGGAUUUAAAGCCUGAGAACAUCCUGUUAGGUGAAGACAUGCAUAUCAAAAUUACAGAUUUUGGCACAGCUAAACUUCUGGCCAAUACUGGAAAUGAUCAUAGUAAAGAAGAUGCAAAGCGAAAAAAUUCAUUUGUUGGUACAGCUGAAUAUGUAUCUCCAGAAGUUCUGAAUAACCUUCCAGCCAACUAUGGGUCUGACCUUUGGGCUUUGGGCUGCAUAAUUUACCAGUGUCUUUCAGGAUCCAUGCCUUUUAGAUCAGGCAAUGAAUAUCAAACGUUUCAAAAGAUUGUCAAAGUGGAAUAUGAUUGCCCUGAAGGGUUUCCCCCACUGGCUAAGGAUUUAGUUGCAAAGCUGUUGGUUUUGGAGCCAACAGAACGCCUGGGUAUGAUACAACCAGAUGGCAUGAAGGGCCUGAAGAAUCACCCCUUUUUUGAGGGCAUCAAUUGGGAGAGUUUGCCAGACACUGCACCUCCUCGUCUGAUGCCAUAUUUACCUGCCACAGCCAGCAACCCAGAAUUCUGGGGCCAGGAACAGAGGACUGGUUUUGAUGAUCAGCGUCUGGCAGAGAUAAUCACAGGACAGUCAGUGGAUGGAUCCACAUCUCCUGAGGUUGAAGAGCUUCCAAUAAGGAUAUUGAGCCAGGCAGAAGAUGAAGAGAGAAAAGAGAAGUUAAGAAAGCAAAGGGAGGAAAACCCUUUUCAUCAGUUUGUUGAGGACAACCUGAUCAUAAGGCAGGGCUUUGUUGACAAAAGGAAGGGAUUGUUUGCCAGGAAAAGAAUGUUGUUAUUGACAGAGGGACCACAUUUGUACUAUGUUGAUGCCCAUAAUAAAGUACUCAAAGGAGAGAUACCAUGGUCAAAAUAUCUUCGACCAGAGGCCAAAAAUUUCAAAAUAUUUUUUGUUCAUACACCCAACAGAACAUAUUAUCUUGAAAGUCGAUCUCCAGAUGCUCAACAGUGGGUCCAGAAAAUUCAAGAAAUCUGGAACAAAUAUUAUGAUGAAAAUGGCAAGAAAUAACUUCAUAGACCAUAUCAUGUGCUUUACUUUUUCCAUAAGGUGUAUGUAUGAUAUGAAACACCAGUACUCAACAAAUCUACACUUUCAAAUAAUUGAGAAUUUGAAUUUAAUUAAUGUAUGUGAUUUCACUUUGAUUUAAUGUUAUUUUUAGUGUAUAUGGAAGCUUGAGUUUUAAAUGAAAAUAAUUUGUAUAGUUGGAUGUGUGUAGAUAAAUGAUGGUUUGCUCCAGCAAUACUGUGAGUGUUGAACCGUCAUAGGAUAUGCAAUACACAUGUAAUUAUUGAAGACGCAUGUUGCAACUAUUUAUUCCACAAUCAGGUAGCAGAUCUUGCUGCUUGAGCUGGUGAUAGCGCUUUACUCUGGAUAAAAUGUACAUGGUUGUGUAAAAAUGUAUAUGAUUUUUAAAAUGUUCCAAUCUUCUUAAGGUGAUCACUUAUCUUUGAUAGAUACCUUUCUCAUCUUUUUAAAAUAAAGGUGAAAUUGUUUCCACCUGAAAUAUUUACAGGAUAAAUAAACUAAUUUAUAUUUAGUGCAAAUGUGAUGAAUAAAUGUUCUUUUUUC